CUCAUCCCAUGCUACUCCCUCCAUACUCCCUGAACAUUUUAUGUUGUCGACUUGAGAAGGGGUAUAAACUCCAGAAAGUUGUCAAGUCAACGUUUAUUCUAUAAGAUUCAACCUUAAACUAAAGUUGUUAUUUGGCUUUAAUUAUAACCGACGCCGGUAAAUAUUCCCGGUAAUCACCGAGUCAGCGGAAGGAAAGUUUGAGUUCCGCUUGCUGAUCAUGCUGAGCUGUGUUGAUUUUAUCUGUUCUUGUGCAACAAAUCAGCAGGAAUGAGUGAAGAGCAUGCCAGGACUGAGAUGGACCUGGCUUUUGGCUCAGCAAAGCCCUACGGGUCCUCAAGAAGUAUCAUAAGAAGAAUAGCUACAAGUCUUCCCAUUAAACCUUGUCCCAGGGUUCAUUUUCAGCUCUUCCCAUACACAGAGGGGACCGGCGUUCUUAUUGGCACCCGGAAGCAGCACAGCUUUGUGGCCUCACUUGCUGAUAUCGCCUGGAUUGACGGGGAGGAGGAGGAUGAUGAUGAUGAAGGCUGUGUUGGAAACCCCAGCAGGUCAGAGAUCCCAGCGGGGCUCAUGUUUAGAGUCCAGCGGCCUCAGAGAAAACCCCUCCCUCGUCAGAGGUCUCUGCCCAGCCUGCACCAGGGAGCUCCAGACCCCCAGGGAGCUGCGACUGCGAACGACGAGGCCAUCCAGAAGAUCGGUGUGCUGGAGACUGAACUCGCCAAACUCAGAGCACAGAUAGCUCAGAUUGUCAUGGCUCAGGAAAAGACCGCACAGUCAGCUGCUGCUACAGGGGUACCUCCCCCUCCACCUUCUGGUGCCCUUCCUCCUCCCCCACCUCCGCCUCCUCCACCUCUGCCUCCACCAGGACUGCAGCGGACAUUUUCAGCCAUUGAGUUGAUAAAAGAACGCAGAGGGAAGAACACAAACAGUCAGGCGACUCUGGAUUCAAAACAAGCAGAAAUCCCAAACAUGCUUGAGAUCUUAAAGGACAUCAGCAAAGUGAAGCUGCGAUCCGUGCAAAGUCGUUCGGUAGAUGAAGAUACCAGAGCAAAGCCCCAGGAGCCGGCAGACGCAGCCGCUCUCAUCGCUGAAGCCCUCAAACGCAAGUUCGCCCAUCGUUACCGGCACGGCAGUGACCAGGACGACAAGACCGACUUACCACAUCCUGUUCCAGAGGUCAAAGUUCAAACGGAAACCCCUCUGUUUGGGCAGCACAUGUUGAAGCCGACCGGGAAGAGAAAGUUGGUCUGAUUGGGGGAAUUUAACCCCUAACCUGUCGAUUCAAACGGUCCAUUAGCAAGUGCCUCGGUGAUCCCGUCAACAUUCCCGAUUCAGUGUAGAGAGCCCAAAUGUCAUCCUCGUGGAUCAUCCUGAGGUGUUUAUUUUUGCACUUUUAUAACUUAAAUCAGCUCCGUUUCAUAAACAUUCGAUGUGAGAGGAUUCGUUUCCAGUCAGAUGUUUGAUAAACAUAUUGCACAUGCAAUCGGUUUUGAUCCUCGUUUUUAGGGGUGUUCAAAAGCCGACGCUGGCGGAGCACUUUGUGACAGACGGCGUUGCGACGCGCGUACGAAUCCUAGAUGAAUGUAUGAUUGGGAGUUUAUUUUUAUGAAGCUUUAGUUUUGUUUUUAAACUGGAAUAUGUUGUAGAGCGGUCAGGGACUCAUUUAAAGGUUCUCUGUCAAACGGAGCGGCAUCUGAAAAUACUUGAGACUUCUUACGGUUGCCAGUCUGAUAGUUGUUAGGUAUGAGCUGUUUUAGUUAUUCUUUUAUUUGCCGUCUAAUAACCAAAAACAUUCCACUUGAUGCCCUGCAGGAUUCUGUACACCCUCAUGUUUAGCUUUUCACAAGGAUGUCCUGCUUUCAGGUUCUUACAUACUGGGGAACGUGUACUGGAACGUUAAUAGGUCUCACUAAGUAACGCUAAAUAUUGAAUCGGUACCUACCUCUGUAAACGAGUUGCCUUUUGUCCUCUGUUCUGGCAUCAGUGGUCUUAAUAAUGCCUUCUUUAAAUAAUCUUUAUAUUUUCGGAGUGUGAAAUGAAGUUUGAGGUCACCUCAUUUGUAAAAUGUUUCGUUAUGACGCCUGUAACACUAAUGCUGUUUAUAAGGGAUGGUGGACUGAGUGUGUCCGUUGGAAGAAAUUUUAAUUUACAGUUCAAGAUUUUGUUGAAGAAUUGUCCAACAGAAGCUAAAUUAUUGAAGCUUUUAAUAAAAGUUAAACCCUC